UGGCCCCAGCACCCGCGCGGAGUUCGUGCCCUGGUGGCUUUUCCCCCAGAGCGGCGCGUGGUCUACGCGGCAGUUGCUGGGCGCCAGGACCGCUCCCGGGGUAGCGAGGGAUGCUGAAGGAAUUGUAGCUAUCCAGACGUAUAAUGAGAGGACUCGUACCAGAAUACAGUCACUGUAAUCCUUAGACACCUGGAUUACCACAAUUACUUCUGAUAUAUACAGCAUGUACACCACAGAACCACAGAAUGAACAUUUGGAGGAUAAAAACACCCCAUCAUCUACAACUCCUCAGAUCCUCAAAGAUAGUAGUAUUCGUGAACAUGAAGAAACCAAGGAAAGUGUCUUGUCACAAACAGAGGAAACAAAACCACAGAAGGAAAAGAAGUAUUCUUGUCCUCCACAAGGAAAUUUGAAUAAAGUUAUUACUAACGGAGUUGCACUUUUUAUGUUAUGGUGUGUAGCCUGGUCAUUUUCAGGCCCCGAAGUUCUCCCUGGUGGAAAUUUAUUUGGAUUAUUAAUUAUUUUUUAUAGUGCCAUGAUUGGGGGUAAAAUUUUGGAACUCAUUCGAGUACCUUCAGUGCCUCAACUUCCACCUCUUCUUGGGAUGUUACUGGCAGGUUUUACCAUCAGGAAUGUUCCAUUCCUCAGUGAUUACAUCCAUAUUAAUAACACAUGGUCUUCAACUUUAAGAAACACUGCCCUUACCGUUAUCCUAAUACAAGCUGGGCUUGGACUCGAUCCACAGGCUUUGAAGCAUUUGAAGAGAGUUUGUUUAAGAUUGGCUCUAGGUCCAUGCCUCAUAGAGGCAUGUUCAACUGCUGCUAUUUCCCACUUCCUUAUGAAUUUUCCCUGGCAAUGGGGAUUUCUUUUGGGUCUUUCUAUUAGUUUUGUAGUAGGCGCUGUCUCUCCUGCUGUUGUUGUCCCUUCCAUGCUACUUUUGCAAGAAAAUGGAUAUGGUAUCAAGAAAGGCAUUCCAACCUUACUAAUAGCUGCUAGCAGUUUGGAUGACAUCAUAGCAAUCACUGGAUUCAGUGCGUGCUUGAGCAUAGCCUUCUCCUCAGGCAGUGUACUUAAAAAUAUCCUCGCCUCUUUCCGGGACAUACUUAUUGGUGUGCUGGCAGGAGCUAUUUUGGGAAUUUUUGUUCGAUAUUUUCCAAGUGAAGAUCAGACAAAACUUUCACUGAAGAGAGCAUUCCUUAUUUUGAGUAUGUGUGUUUCCGCUGUCUUGGGCAGCCAUCAUAUUGGUUUACAUGCAGCUGGAGGAUUAUUCACACUAGCGUUGUCUUUUGUUGCUGGGGUAAAUUGGUCCACGGAAAAGAUUAGAGUCCAAAGAGUAAUUAAAACUGUAUGGUGUAUUUUUCAACCCCUUCUUUUUGGCUUGGUUGGAUCAGAAGUAUCUGUUACAUCUCUUAAAUCAAAUGCUAUUGGCAUUUGUGUUGUUACCAUGAGUUUGGCAUUACUGGUUCGAAUUUCUUGUACUUUUUUAUUGAUGUGUUUUGCUGGUUUUAGUUUUAAGGAGAAAAUAUUUAUUGCUUUAUCGUGGAUCCCCAAAGCUACAGUCCAGACUAUCUGGGAAAGACAAGGAAUAGUGUCUGGUUUCCAUUAUAUUUUCCCCAGCCCUUAACACAGUGCCUGGCAUGCAGGAGGUAUACAGUAAGCAUUACUUAUCUACAAGAAUGAAUGAUGAGUGAGUGAAUGAAUGAAGGAGUGAAUGAAUGAAUGAAAAGGGAGACCUUGUAGUUUUGCACUCUGAUUUAAUGAUAUUCUGUUCCUACUCAAAGGUGUUGCUACUUAUUGUUAGGCUUUUUAAUGUGACAGCAUAAUGUCUUGAUUUCCAGAGAUUCUUUUUUCCAUUGUUACUCCACCACAGAAGGUUGUGAAUUUUCAUACAACAAAAUUUUCUGUGUCAUGAUUAAAAAAGCAGGUCCAUGGGGCAAGACUGGCUGUUUUGAAUACCAUGUUACUUGCCUAUAACAUUAGGCAACUUACUUCCUAAUCUCUCAGUGCCCACUUUGUAGAUUCCACACCUCUUGUCAGUUUUACAAUACACACUGCCUCCCAAGUAGGAAGAACAAGGAGAAGACAAGCAACAAAAUCCUAGAGAACCAUAAGAAACUUUAGUAUUUUGUGUUGUCUUGUUACAGCCAAGAAACUAAUCAUCCAUGAUAAAGGCAAAUAAGCAAAACCCUGGUUCGUUUAAAACUCCUGAGGUUCUGCGAGUAAUGUGAGCACUCAAAAAAGAUAGUUAAAUGGGAAAGCUGAGAUAAGAAGAAUACGAAACCAGCCCCCAAAUGUCUGCACGCUGAUUUGUCACUAUUUCACUUUUCGUCCAGAUAUAUUUACUAGGGAGAACAUAAAAUUGAUGAGUAAUUCAUGAAAAUUCCUCAGCACUUUAAGGCUCAUCUCUUUUCUGAUAGCCUACCACUAGGUUUCGUUUGUUUUAACAGAAGCAUUAACUUUUAUCAUAUAAUAACUAUUUUAACAUUUUUCUUUAUGCCUCAUCUUUUUACCCUCUAA